AUGGAACUUCCCCCUGAACCUCUCCUCUUCAAGAGGCUCCUUCUCACAGUGGUCCUGCUGGUCUCCACUGCAGCUGCUCAGUUGGCUCUCAUCCCAGAUCAGCUGGAUGCGGAAAAGGACAGUUCACUCACCUGGUACAUCGAAGGAGCCCCCACCGGUGAUGUCACCUUUACCUGGUACCGGGGGAAUGAAUCCCUUGAAGCAAACAAGCUUAUCUCCUAUGUUAACUCCUCUCAGAGCUGGAUCCCUGGCCUUGGAAACACCGGCCGGGAGAAUGUGACUAACAAAGGCUUCCUGACGAUCACAAAGUUAGAAUUUAGUGACUCUGGGAUCUACAAGCUCGUGGCGACUAGCCCUGGGGAGCACCAGGAGGCCAUCGGACAGAUGCAGGUCUGGGACCGGCUGCUCAAGCCCAACAUCACAGUGAGCAAUACCAGCGUGCAGGCGUACAUGGAUGAAGUGACGUUCACCUGCCACCCCAACAACACCAGCGAAUUCCAGAUUCGGUGGAUCGGCAUCUACUCCUUCCAGAGUGGCCAGUGGAAACUCUCCUCGGACAACCGGACUCUCACCGGCUGGGUCUCUCCAUACGACAGAGGGCCCUACCGUUGUGAGGUGUCAAGCCUGGUCUCCUGGGAGUCAAGCGACUCUGUGAUGCUGAACGUGUACCAUGGGCCAAACUCAAUAUCCAAGACUUCCUCACCUACUCACUUUGGGGGUGUCGUUAAGGCUGAGCUGGGAUGGAAGGUGACUUUGAAAUGCUCUGCAACAUCAGUGCCCAGCUGCCUCUAUCGGUGGCAUCUCAAUGGCACUGCCCUGGCUACCACCAACAACAUCUUGAACAUCGAGAGCAUGUCCUGGGGACAAGUGGGCACCUACAGAUGCAUCGCAGAGAACCCCAGGACCCAGGUGGUUCUCUACGACAUCUUCGUCCUGAAAGUGUCUGAGGAGUUUCUGAUCAGGGAACCCGAGUACACCCUGUACCAAGGGAGCGUCAUCUUACUCAGCAUCGGGGUGGGCCUCGGACUGCUCAACCUCAUCGGAGGCUUGAUCUUCUGCCUGGUCUCCAGAAGGUAG